AGCACUAAUGCAUGUAUACACCCGGAAACCAGGUGGAUAGAUAAAUAUUACAGAGAGGCGCCGCCUAUCGAACCCGACAACCCGAAUCCUCAAACAAUGGAUCCAGAUUCAGUUGCCAAGGCAUUCGUUGAACACUAUUAUUCAACGUUCGAUGCGAAUCGGGCCGGGCUCGCUAACCUUUACCAGGAAGGCUCGAUGUUGACAUUUGAGGGCCAGAAGAUCAUGGGAUCUCAGAAUAUCGUGGCGAAGCUCACCAGUCUGCCGUUCCAGCAGUGCAAGCACCAUAUCACGACAGUUGAUUGUCAACCGUCUGGGCCCGCCGGCGGUAUGCUUGUUUUUGUCUCCGGUAAUCUCCAACUUGCCGGUGAACAGCACGCGCUCAAGUUCAGUCAGAUGUUCCAUUUGAUGCCAACACCACAGGGAAGCUUCUAUGUGUUCAAUGACAUUUUCCGCUUAAACUACGCAUAAUGGAUUGUGCAUGGAUUUGGAAAUUUGUCUGGGGAGUGUUAUGAAUUGAUCGCAUUGGAACAUGUGAAGUUAAGAUGCUUUAGGAGUCCAAAGUUGUUGAUUUACUUUCAUCUACUUGGCUGUUUGAUUAUUUCACUUGCUAUGAAGUUUUUGGACUAAUCCCUAGUUGAAAUGGGAUGAAUAGAUUGGUUUGAUUUGUGAACCUGUUUAGUAUUUAAUGGAAUGAAUUAAAUUGUACCUUCUUUUCAUUUAGUGAUGUUGCCAAACUGACCUUGUGAAGUUA